GUAGACAAGGAUGGAAACCCGAUGUAUAGGAGAAGCGGAGUUAUUUUCUCCUGUGAUGAAUUUCCUCCGGCCUCUUGGAUCCAAGGGGGUCAGGGAGCCGCAACGUUUUGUGCGCCAAUGGGUGCUAAAGCGGGGAAGAGCGCAAGAUGUUCUUCGGUCAGUGCCGAGCAGGACUGGCAAGGGGGCCUCUUGAGCCGGUUUGGGGUAACGUAUCUGUGUCCUCUAGUCUCUAUAGUUACAGCCUCACACAUGGCAGGGAAUGUUACGGGAUUACGCCGACAAACAAAAUAUUGGCAAUGGGGAUUAUCUCCAGAAUAGCCUAUUUGCUUUUGACUUCGGUCUUGAAGAUGUUGCCAAUAACAAUCAAGCAGGCCGAUUCACCAUCCCCGGACGAAGGUAUGAGACGCGCCCGGUGAAAAGAUCUAUUGACGAAGCUUCUGCAUGGUUCAUACUGGAUAUCCACUCAGGCAGCGUUCUAAAGCAGCCAGCGACGAGAAGGGAAGAAGGACUCCCAGCGAAUGCCACGAUUCCUAUUCACCAAGACCCCUCUGGAGGAGACAUGCUUCCUACGCGAUUAGAUGUCAUUGAACAGUAUAUCCUGAACCAAGUAAACAAGAGCAACUCCUUAUCGAACUCAACGCGCGUAGAUUCCAGCAAUUCCACUAGACCUCACAGCUUCAUUGAAAAACGAGACGCCCUUUCGUGCUCUUCAGGCAUACCGUGUGUGGAUGGCAGUUGCUGCAACAAGGCCGGGAAAUGCGGCUUCGGCGCCGAUCAUUGUGGUGCAGACGUCUGCGUGUCGCAGUGCGGUGCGAAGGCGACAUGCGGCCGAGAUAGUGAGGGAGGCAACAAGAAGUGCGGGCUCAACAUAUGCUGCUCCUACUAUGGCUGGUGUGGUACAACUGAGACAUACUGCAAAGAUCCAGAGCCUCAGUUCGGCAAGACUCCUUGCCAAAAAGGGUUCGGGUCUUGUGAGGUACUGGCCUCCCCCGCCUGCAGCCCCGACGGAGGAUCGAGUGGCGGCCGAUCGGUUGCAUACUAUCAGUCUUGGAACUCUCGUGACAGAUUAUGCAACCAAGUUUUGCCUCACCAGAUCGAUACGAGGGGGCUCACUCAUCUCCUGUUUGCCUUCCUGUACUUUGAUCCCUCAUCUUUUGAGGUCAAAUUUGCGCAUCCUGGUGACGAAUCACUGGUGCAGCAAUUUGUAGCCCUAAAGACACCUACUCUCCAGACUUGGGUUGCAGUCGGCGGAUGGGCAUUCAACGACCCCGGAUCGACACUAAGUGCCUUCAGCAAUAUGGUAUCAACCCAACAAAAUCGCGCAAGGUUCAUUUCUUCCUUAGUUCGAUUUAUGGAAAGAUUUGAUUUCCAAGGGGCUGAUAUCGACUGGGAGUAUCCUUCAGCAACUAAAAGAGGAGGGAAAAGCGCUGAUGCAGCAAACCUUGUCCUUUUGAUGAAAGAACUUCGGGUUGCCUUUGGCACAAAAUAUGGCCUCUCUAUAGUGUUGGCGCCGGACUAUACAUAUCUCUCUGGGUCUGAUCCUAAGGCUAUGGAACCUUACGUGGACUGGUUUGGUUUCAUGUCCUAUGAUCUCCACGGUAUCUGGGACGAGGAUAUACCAGCUUUGGGCAAGAAAGUACGACCACAGACCAACAUAUCCGAGAUCAACACUGGUUUGACACCCCUGUGGUUUGCAGGUAUUAACCCUGCUAAAGUUAACCUUGGGUUGGCUUACUAUGGAAGAACUUUCACGCUUGCGGAUAGUGGUUGCUCUGGAGUUGGCUGUGGGUUCCGCUCAGCAGGCAAAGCAGGGAAGUGCACCAAUUUCCGUGGAGUGCUCUCCAAUCUCGAAAUCCAAGACUUGAUUCGGGAAGAAGGACUGACCCCUACACUACUGUCCGAUGCGGCCGUGAAACAGAUCGUCUAUCAUGGCAACCAGUGGGUAGGAUACGAUGACGAGGAAACACUUGCUAUAAAGCGUCGAUAUGCUAACAGUCUGUGCUUGGGAGGCACUAGUAAGUCACACCUUCUUCUAUAGUGCGCUUCUAACCACUCCCAAGUGAUAUGGAGCAUCGAUUUUGGCAGCAGUGGUAGUGGCAUCGGAGGAGGGAACGAUGAUGAAUUGUUGGCGGCAAACUCGAGC